GGUUGAGUUAGUAAAACAAGAACAAAGUUGUCCUCAAGGUUCAUUGUUGAGAGUUCAUUAGUGUUGACAGACAUUGGGCCACAUGGGAGAGAAAGUGGGCCGAUUUGAAGACGGUUAACAUUUGAUGGAGAGGGAGCUGGAAACGGCGAUGUGGCUGAAUGAAGAACAUCCGCGACAACCCUAGUGGAUUUUGACAAAUUUGGAGAUUUCACCUUUUGAAUGCACGGUGAAGAUUGAUGGGCAGGAGAUAAGGUCUUCUGGGAGGGACUUCACACCGAACGUUGGGAAACUUCUAUCACUUAGAGGUACGUGAGUUAACUUGUGAGACUUAGAAAAUAAUUUCACUUGUGAUUUCUUUUUCUCCAAUCUCCCUUUUCUUGUUCUUGUUCCGAGAUUUCAAAUGAACCCGAAAUUUUAUGUAUAAAGUUUUUAAAUUAAUAGGAGAGAAUAAUUUAAAAAAGAUUUGAAUCCAAAUCAAAAGUUUGAAGCGUUUGUGAUGAAGGGAACUUGUAUUUCUCUUCUCAAAAGCUGCAAAUCAUUGCGGCAGCUCAAGCAAAUUCACUCUCUCAUUUUCUCCAAUGGUCUCCAACAAGACAGAGACACUCUCAACAAACUCAUGGCUGUUUCCAUUCAACACUUUCAAUAUGCACUCACAAUCUUCAAUCACACCCACCACCCUUCUUUGUUCACCUACAAUCUCAUCAUCAAAGCCUUCGUCAAGAGGGCAAGUUUCACCACAUCCAUUUCUCUUUUCAACCAACUAAGACAACACGGUCUGUGGCCUGAUAACUACACCUACCCUUAUGUUUUCAAAGCCAUUGGUUGCAUGGGUGAUGCUGCUCAAGGGGAAAAGCUUCAUGCUUUUGUCAUCAAGACUGGUCUUGACUUUGAUUCUUAUGUUUGUAAUUCGUUGAUGGACAUGUAUGCUGAUUUGGGUCGUCUUCGGUGUGUCAAACAACUGUUUGAGGAAAUGCCUCACCGAGAUAAUGUCUCUUGGAACAUCUUGAUUUCCGGUUGUGUUAAGUGUAGGAGAUUCGAGGAGGCUGUUGAAAUUUUUCAGCGGAUGCGAAUGGAAAACAAUGAGAAGCCUAGUGAAGCUACUGUUGUGAGCACUCUAACCGCGUGUGCGGCUUUGAGGAAUGUGGAGGUUGGCAAGGAGAUUCAUGGUUAUAUUGAAAAAGAAUUGGAUUUUACAACCAUAGUGGGGAAUGCUUUGUUGGACAUGUAUUGUAAGUGUGGGUAUGUGAGUUUGGCUCGCGAGAUUUUUGAUGGGAUGGCUGAGAAGAAUGUGAAUUGUUGGACAAGUAUGGUAACUGGGUAUGUGAAUUGUGGUCAGUUGGAUCAAGCUAGAGAUUUGUUUGACAAGAGUCCAACUAGGGAUGUUGUUCUUUGGACAGCUAUGAUUAAUGGGUAUGUGCAGUUUAAUUGUUUUGAUGAGGCAAUUGCAUUAUUUGGGGAGAUGCAAGUCAGGGGAGAGAGGCCUGACAAGUUCAUUGUGGUUGCUCUUCUUACAUGUUGUGCUCAGUCGGGAACUCUAGAGCAUGGCAGGUGGAUUCAUGAUUAUGUACGUGAAAACCGGAUCAUGGUGGAUACUGUGGUUGGUACUUCCCUUAUUGAAAUGUAUGCUAAAUGUGGUUGUGUAGAGAAAUCUUUGGAGGUUUUUAAUGGAUUAGAGGAAAAGGAUACUGCCUCGUGGACUUCGAUUAUUUGUGGACUGGCCAUGAAUGGCAAAACAAAUAAAGCAUUGGAGUUGUUUGAAGAAAUGAAAACAUUUGGGGCAAAACCUGAUGAUGUUACGUUUAUUGUUCUUUUGAAUGCGUGUAGUCAUGCAGGAUUGGUGGAAGAAGGCCGCAAGUUAUUUCAUUCCAUGUCAUGUAUCUAUGGUAUUGAGCCAAAUUUAGAACACUAUGGCUGUUUCAUUGAUCUUCUUGGUCGAGCUGGACAGUUACAUGAGGCGGAGGAGUUGAUAAGGAAGUUGCCAGACCAAAAAAAUGAGAUAAUAGUUGCAAUUUAUGGGUCUUUGCUAAGUGCCUGCAGAACUUAUGGCAAUAUUGAUAUGGGUGAAAGGCUUGCUAUGACACUAGCAAAAGUGAAAUCCAGUGAUUCAAGUCUUCAUUCACUCCUUGCUAGCAUUUAUGCUUCUGCUGACAGAUGGGAAGAUGCAAGCAAGACAAGAAGUCAGAUGAAAGAUUUGCAUAUAAAAAAGGUGCCAGGAUGUAGUGCUAUUGAGGUGGAGGGUACUGGCAACAGAGGAGGAGUUGGUGACCUUUCCCAUUUUUAGACCAAAAUUGGUCUGCCUACAUAGGAUAGGUAAUCAGCAAUUUAAAAUUUGAAUCAUUGAGUUUUUGACUGAAAAACCUAAUAAAGCAGUUUCACAUUGAAUAUUUUAUUUGGGCCAUAAAACUUCAGAACCAUUAAACUUUGUUGGCAACCCUUGAAUGAGGGGAAGUUGGGUGAGUAGAGAUUAACUCAAAUGUUGUCUAAUGUCCUACUUCUACAAGAAUUUGACUGUCUAAAUGAAAUUGCUCAUGUGCGAGACAUACAAGUUAUCAUGUACAGCUCACUUUCUGGUUUUGCCAAUCUUGGGUAUAGCUGCUGCUCUUACUCUUGCCUGUUUUUGGUGUUCUUGUGCGUGGUUCUUCUGUCGACAGAAUGAUUCACACUUGUCGAUUGUUCAGGGGUGUAGCUUUGUGAAGAGUACCAGGGCUUGCAUUGCAGAACCAGUGCACUCAACAUACCUAUUAAUUUCACAACAAGGAACACAAAUAUGCAGCCAUCUUCCGCGAGCCAGAAGUAAUCAGGGAUUCGAGCUAAAUGAAGUUUGUAUGCCUCUGAGUUCGGGUCUUCAACCCAACGUGCUAUCAAACAUAAUACUUUCUCUACACUUCCAAUGCAAAGUAACAGGUGAAAUCAAAGCUCUAACUUCCAAAAGGAAAAAGCUUUUUCUGUUUGCAAUAUCUGCACGCAAGUUUUAUAGUAUAGAUUGAAUAGUUUGGAAAUUCAAGGUGAAGGCGCUUCUGAUUCACGCAGAUUCUAGUGCAGGAGAAACAUGUUUGAUUAUGAGCAGAGGACGGGAUCCUCAUCUCAAUGAAGUGGUUAUAUAUAUGGUAGGAGUAGGGGCAGAGGUAAAGAAAGAUUGUGUGUGAAGGAAUCAAAAUGAUGUGAUCAUGGUGAUGAAACCCAUCAGGGUUCAUUCAGACACAAAACUCAAUCAAAUAAUUAAUUUAAAAGGUGAGGCAUGAUGUUUGAACAAGAACACAUUCACUUCAUUAAUAUUCUUGUUAUUUAGAAUAGAAGUAAAUGUAUAUAGACCUGAUGAUUAUAUAAGUAUCGAAUAAUUUCCUUUUUAUGUUGAGGUCCUAAAACCUGAUGAAGGGAUCCUGUAAUAUAGAGGGCCAUUACCUGCAUGGAUAUUCAUAGUCAUUAGUUAGUUAGAAAUAUGAAUGAAUAUGUAUAAUGGUGGUGAUGAUUAGCAAUAUGAGCAUGAGUAGAGGGUGACUGACCAAUGGUUGAAGGAAAAACAAAGGUCCAGCAGAUUCAGCAGGCCAGUGGCCAUCAUGGGCCUGAAUUGAGGAAUAGUAACUGAUAGCCCUUCUAAUAGUUGUACUCAAUGCAAACUCUGUUAUCA